AUGGCCGCCAGAUGGUUCUACCCAUCCCAUGACCGCGAAAUACAAAUUGACAUAGCCGUCUUUACUGCGUUGAUGUUUUCAAUUGACGACCUCGGCAACCAAAUGCCGUGCGCUUUACGUACAUAUCGCAGAAAAAUUAUGUUAGGCCUUCCUCAGGAUAGUCAGCAAAUUGCGGACUUUUUGAAAAUCCCAUUCCAGAUGGAGAGCUGGCUCGACAACUUCGCUCUUGACAUGGUUUUCAAAUCUCAGCUAGAGUUUCUCAGCGCCAAUCUAGUGGAGAAUGAGUAUGGAGACCGUCUAUGCCCGCAUCCGAGUACACCUCAGUCUCUUCGAAGCUAUUUUCGUUUAAAAAGCGGGAUUUGCGAGCCGUAUGCCUUCUUCAUCUGGCCUUCCAGCAUCAUGGUACAGGAUCAUAAUCACAACGGUGCUCCACUCGCUAUCAUGCCGGACUUAAUGACCUGGAUCAACGAUACCAAUGAUAUAAUGUCAUUCUACAAGGAAUCUAUUAUCGGGGACGAAGUCAACAACUCUAUAUCUCUCCAUGCACGAGCAAAAUCACAAACCCUCCUUGAAUCUGUGAAGGAUCAUGUGAGCUUAGCUACCGAUGCCUUCGUGCGUAUCAUGGAAUUCGCCAAGGAUCAGCACCCUGAGGUGCAAAGAAAGUUGUUGGAAUUCCUUAAUGGUUAUAUCGCGUUUCACUACAAAGACCCGCGGUAUCACAUGCAGGAUCUAAGCAUAUCCCAUUCACUCUUCGAUCAAUGA